UGUAUGUGUAAUGAGGUUGUUUACAGGCGUUACAGGUGAUUCUAGCCAUCGUAUUCAUAGCCAUACGUUUGAGAAAAACGUAUAUGACAUUAGUCACAAGAUAGUGUAAAUCUUGAUUUUACGAUUGAGUUUCGAAAAUGAGGAUUGCUGUGGAGGGUUGCGCUCAUGGCGAACUGGACAUUAUUUACGAGACUAUACAGGAAAUAGAAAAAAUCGAUGGGAGGAAAAUAGAUCUGCUUAUUUGCUGCGGCGAUUUUCAAGCUACCAGAAAUUUAAGUGAUCUAAAAUGUAUGGCAAUAUCGGAUAAAUACAAGGAUAUGUGUACAUUUUACAAAUAUUAUUCUGGUGAAAAGAAAGCUCCUAUAUUAACCAUUUUUAUCGGAGGCAAUCAUGAAGCAUCAAAUUAUCUGCAGGAAUUGCCAUAUGGAGGAUGGGUUGCACCUAAUAUUUAUUAUCUUGGAUACGCAGGUGUGGUACAAGUAGCUGGAAUCAGAAUUGCAGGACUUUCAGGUAUAUACAAGAGUCGACAUUGGAUGCAGGGACGUUAUGAGAAGCCUCCCUAUACUGAUAGUACUAUACGAAGUGUUUAUCAUAUCAGGAAUCUAGAAGUGUUUAGAUUAAAACAGCUUUCUGGCAAAAUUGAUAUUUUUUUAUCACAUGAUUGGCCGGCAGGAGUAACAAAAUAUGGAGAUGAAGAUAUAUUACUGAAACGAAAACCAUUUUUUAAAGAUGACAUAGAAAGCAAUACGCUUGGCAGUCCUCCAUGUAUGGAACUGUUAGAACGUCUUUAUCCGUCUUACUGGUUCUCCGCGCAUUUGCAUUGCAAAUUCGCAGCACUUGUUCCUGAGAAGGGAGGAGCACGAGUGACAAAGUUUUUAGCGCUGGACAAAUGUCUGCCGAAACGGAAAUUCCUUCAAGUGCUGGAGGUGCGUUCGCAGGAAGAUGGUCCAAUACAAUUGAACUAUGAUCUAGAAUGGUUGACGAUACUUUAUCUGACAAAUCAUCUGCUGAGCGUCAAGAGCAGUAUCCAUUAUAUGCCUGGUCAGUACGGUGGCGGCAGAUGGACAUACACACCCACAGCAAAGGAAAAACAGACCGUGUAUGAGAAGUUUGGCUCCAAUCUCCAAAUUCCUCUCAACUUCACUCAAACCGUUAAACCAUACGACCCGUGUGAUAUGAAUACUCAGAUCGAAUGGCCACGAUUGCUGAUAAACGAUCAGACUACUCGAUUCUGCAGGAUGCUAGGUAUCGAUGAUCCUUCUGCUCUACUACAGAUUAUUACAAACACUAUGAUGGAUAACAGUAGAUCAAGCGAAUUGUCGAUGGAGACAUCCGGCGAGUACACGCCAGAAUCCAUGGAUAUCUCAUUCGACGAGGAAAGCGUAUUCAGUUCCACCUUUGAGGAGAAUUCAACACACAAGUAUUUCGUCGACAACUCACCGACGAAUUUUUCUCCUAAGAGUGAUGGCGAUGAUUCGGAUAACGGGGAUACGAGUAAAAGCACCUUGGAUGGAACAGUUAAUAGCUCGAAUACAGAAACCACCACAGAAAUUGCAGAUUCCGCUUCGAUGGAUGAUAGUAGCGAACAAACUGGUUGUGUUCAAACCGAGCCGAACUGCAAAAAGUUUAAACGCCGGAAUUAUUCUGUAUACUCUAGCACGUUUUAACUGUGAUAGUGUCUUCCUUAGGUAUUUGCGUCUGUACUCACUUGUUUCCAUGUGGACUUUUUCUGUAUUAUAUCUAAUUUGUAAAUAGCACGAACUUUUUAUAAUCGAUUACAUAUAU